AUGAUUGGGAUUCCAAGGGGUGAUAAACAAAGAAUUACUGUUAAAAUACGCAACAUGAAGAGGAGUUCGGACCGCGAUACACCGCCGAGGAGCAAGAGAUCACGAUCCAGCAUUGGGAGGUACGACGACAGCUCCGACGAGCGAAUCACCCCGGAAAGGAUACGUCGUCGAAGCCGAGGCCGUUCGCCAAGCCCAAGGGGUCGAUACCCCUCCGAAAGUUCUCAUAGGGAUGACUAUGGACGGUCAAGGGAAGUGUCUGAAAGAUCAUAUCCUACAUACAAGGUUUUGUGUGUUAGUGCUCUUCAUCCUAAAGCCAGUGAUGAGGUUAUAAAGGAUACACUUUACAGAGAAUACAAAAAGUUCGGUGAUCUCAGUGUGAGAAUAUCUCAUGAUCUUGAUGAGCGAGUUGCAUACGUUUGUUUUAGAAAUGCUGAAGAUGCUCGUGAUGCAAAACAUGCAAAACCAAGAAUUAUUUUAUUUGAUAAGGUAGCUUUAGUUGAAGCAGUUUAUGAAAGUAGCAGGAGUAGUAGUGAUCUGUACCGUAGGGGACCUAGUAGGCCUAGAAGUAUCAGCCCUGAUUAUGAUAGGUACUAUCAUCAACGAUCCCGGUCUCCUGGCCCUGAACGUCACAGACCGAGUGAGAGUAGAUAUGAAAGGUCUUAUGGCCCACCUCCAGGCCUUCCUCAUCGCGAGUUUAGAAGAGAAGGCCCACCACCACCCCAUCAUGAGUUCAUGCGAGCUCCUGUCCAUCAUGGACCACCACACAUACCACCUGGUCCUCCCCAUCAUUAUGGACCACCACGGCACAUGGUACCAGGAGGCUUUAAGCCUCAUCCACAUUUUGAAAAAUUUGACAAUAAGAAAGAUAAAUUUCCAAAUUAUCUUCAUCAUGUUCCUCCUGAAGAUGAUCCAUUGGCUACAAGAACAUUGUUUGCAGGUAAUUUAGAAAUAAAUAUUUCAGAGGAGGAGCUGCGUAGAAUUUUUGGCCGCUAUGGUGUUGUUGAGGAUAUCGAUAUUAAAAGACCUCCCCCUGGAACAGGAAAUGCAUAUGCAUUUGUUAGAUUCCAAAAUUUGGAUAUGGCCCACAGAUCAAAAGUUGAGCUCUCUGGACAAUAUAUUGGCAAAUUUCAAUGUAAAAUUGGUUAUGGAAAGGCAACUCCUACCACUAGGAUAUGGAUUGGUGGUUUGGGUCCUUGGACAUCAAUUUCACAAUUGGAAAGGGAAUUUGACAGAUUUGGUGCAAUAAAAAAAAUAGAUUAUGUUAAAGGUGAUACUAAUGCCUAUAUUCUCUACGAUUCAAUUGAUGCUGCUACUGCAGCUGUUAAAGAAAUGCGUGGUUUUCCUCUUGGUGGCCCAGAACAUCGACUUCGUGCUGAUUUUGCGGAUGUUGUUCCUGCUCCAUCUUCAUCCUCAUCAUCCGCUUAUGGGUUUAAACCUAGGCAAUUUCCAGAAGACAUGGCAGCUGGUGGUGAUUUUCGUGCCAGAGUUCCUGGGCGUGAGGAGUUUGCCUAUGAACCUGGGUAUGAACCAUGGCCAGAGGGUGAAUUCUCUUAUGGACCGCCACCUCGGGGUGGGUUCAGAGGUCGUGGUUUGCCAUGGCACGAUCGCCGUGGUGGUGGAAGAGGAGGCUACCGUGGAGGAGGUUAUCCAGGAGAAGCUUACAUGCGAGGUGAAGAGCCUGAUUGGGUUGGACGAAGACCAAUUCCUGAAAUAGAAUAUGAAAUGCCCCGACCUCCAAGACGGUCUGGUUCAGCUGAACCAGGUGUUGAUAGGUCAAGGUCUCAUUCACCACGUCGGCACUCUGUUGAAAGUGAUUCUGGCUCAGAUGGCCGUCGAAAUGGAAUGCUUGGAUCUGCUCGCACACUUCCAGAGCUUGCUCGGAAAUGUGUGGCAGUAUGGCAAGGAGCUUUGAUCCUGAAGAAUUCUCUGUUUCCUGCCAAGUUUCAUCUAACUGAUGGUGAUACUGAUAUUGUAGAAAGUUUAAUGAAAGAUGAUGAGGGAAAGCAUCAUUUACGAAUUACACAGAGGUUAAGACUUGAUCAACCUAAACUUGAAGAUGUAUCAAAACGCAUUGCUUCUUCCAGUUCCCAUGCUAUAUUUUUGGGCCUUUCAGGUUCAACAGCUUCUGUUUCAAACGAGGAUACUUCUGUGCAAACACGUCCCCUUAGGAAUCUGGUAUCGUACCUAAAGCAAAAAGAGGCAGCUGGUGUUAUUUCCCUACUAAAUAAGGAUACAGAAGCUACUGGUGUUUUGUAUGCUUUUCCCCCAUGUGCAUUCUCCACAGAGCUUUUGAAGAGAACAGCCCCCAAUCUCUCGGAGGAAGGCCUGAAAGAGGAUCAUCUAGUUAUUGUUGUAGUAAGAGGAGGAAGUGCUUAA